AUGCGCGCGGCAUAUGUCCGAAAAUACCAAAAGAAGUACGUACACUCCCAGGAAGGGGACAUUGUAAUGGUUCGUUACCCAGGUGAAAUGAAUGAAAUGACAGCACCAUACGGAGGACCAUACAAGACAGCACGCAAGGAGGGCCAUGAGUAUUUUGUCUGUAUCCUUGAUAAGACUAAAGACCUGGAAUAUCCUAACUCGGCCAGUGAUGAAUUAAUCGGACUAGUCAAGAAGACCAUCGCGGGCGUGGAAUUCACCCCAACAGUCAAGUACAACCAUCAGAAGAGACUCAGUUCUCCUCGAUACUUGACCACAAACUAUCCACACAAGGUGAUGGAGCCCAGGACUACCUACUACAAUGGACAGAUGGGGAGCGUACCUGAACGCAUGAAUCAGACAUCGCAGAUGCUGAUAUUCUUACACUAUACCGACAGCGUACCACGAGUACUGAUGAGCGAUCAUCGAGCAACUGGAAGCGUACGAGGCGGGGAACUCAAACCAAGUUUCCUGACACCGAAGGACACCCUUACUUUUCUCACCUUGAAGAAUGCUCCGCCCACAAACCAGAGGAAUAAGGACCAAAUACUCGGUUGUAGAGCCCCCGUUGAUAUACAUUUUCCCAAGCCAAGUUGA